UGUCCACCGCCAAACAUCUAACAAUCCACAAUGGGAAAGGAAAAGACUCACAUCAACAUCGUCGUCAUUGGACACGUAGAUUCUGGAAAGUCCACAACAACUGGACAUCUUAUCUACAAAUGUGGUGGUAUCGACAAGAGAACCAUCGAAAAGUUCGAGAAGGAAGCUGCUGAGAUGGGCAAGGGCUCCUUCAAGUACGCCUGGGUCUUGGACAAACUGAAGGCCGAGCGUGAACGUGGUAUCACCAUUGACAUCUCCCUGUGGAAAUUUGAGACCAGCAAAUAUUAUGUUACUAUCAUUGAUGCUCCAGGACACAGAGACUUCAUCAAGAACAUGAUCACUGGUACCUCUCAGGCUGACUGUGCUGUCCUGAUUGUUGCUGCUGGUGUUGGUGAAUUUGAAGCUGGUAUCUCAAAGAACGGACAAACUCGUGAGCAUGCCCUCCUUGCCUACACUCUGGGAGUAAAGCAACUGAUCGUUGGUGUUAACAAAAUGGAUUCAACUGAACCCCCAUACAGCCAGAAAAGAUAUGAGGAAAUCGUUAAGGAAGUCAGCACAUACAUCAAGAAGAUUGGUUACAACCCUGAUACUGUUGCCUUUGUACCUAUUUCUGGAUGGAACGGUGACAACAUGCUUGAGCCCAGCGCCAAUAUGCCUUGGUUUAAGGGGUGGAAAAUCUCACGUAAAGAGGGAUCUGGCAGCGGAACUACCCUGCUGGAAGCUCUUGACUGCAUUUUGCCACCAAGUCGCCCAACUGAUAAGCCUCUGCGUCUGCCUCUGCAGGAUGUCUACAAAAUUGGCGGUAUUGGUACUGUACCAGUUGGUCGUGUGGAGACUGGUGUCCUUAAGCCAGGCAUGGUGGUUACUUUUGCCCCUGUUAAUGUAACAACUGAAGUUAAAUCUGUUGAAAUGCACCAUGAAGCCCUUAGCGAGGCCAUGCCCGGUGACAAUGUUGGCUUUAACGUGAAAAACGUUUCUGUGAAGGACGUCCGUCGUGGCAACGUUGCUGGUGACAGCAAGAAUGACCCACCAAUGGAAGCUGGUACCUUUACAGCACAGGUUAUCAUCCUGAACCACCCAGGCCAGAUUGGUGCUGGAUAUGCCCCUGUGUUGGAUUGCCACACAGCUCACAUUGCUUGCAAGUUUGCUGAGCUGAAGGAAAAGAUUGAUCGCCGUUCUGGUAAGAAACUGGAAGACAAUCCCAAGUUCCUGAAGUCUGGUGAUGCUGCCAUUGUUGACAUGAUCCCAGGAAAGCCUAUGUGCGUGGAGAGCUUCUCUGACUACCCCCCUCUUGGUCGUUUUGCUGUCCGUGACAUGAGGCAGACUGUUGCUGUAGGAGUCAUCAAGGCGGUCGAUAAGAAGGCUGCUGGAGCUGGCAAAGUCACAAAGUCUGCUCAGAAAGCACAGAAAGGCAAAUGAAUAUUUCCAGCAUCUCUCACCUCAGUCAUAACCAGUGGUGGAGGAUUGGUCUCAGAACUCUUUCUAUCAAUUGGCCAUCAGAGUUUAAUAGUCAAAGACUGGUUAAUGAUUACAAUGCAUCGCAAAAGCUUCAGAAGGAAAAAAAUGCUCGUGGACACAUUUGUUUGUGGCAGUUUUUAAGUUAUUAGUGUUUUAAAUCCAGUAAUUUCUAAAUGGAAGCAACUUGACCAAAAUCUGUCACCAAAUUGAGACCAUUAAAAAAAAGUUAAAAGAUAACAA